GUGAAUCAAAAGCUGAGAGAGUCUCAAAAACAUCAACAACAUUAAGGCAACCGUCACUCAUGACAAUCCAUGGACGAGAUAGCAUCACGAGUGGCAAUCCCCUUAGUGCAUGUUUUCCAAUAUCUCACCUUCGAUCUCAGGUACUCGAUAUUUGAUUUCAUACGCACCACCUUAAGCUUAUCAGCAAUCAGCUGAACCUGUACUCGCCCUACUUAUGAGGCCCGCCAAUUUGGUUCUAAGCUCCUCGGAAGUAGAUCCGACAACACGCCCGCCGCCCAACUCCACUUCCCCAGGUUCCCCAGAGCUAGGUAAGUUAGGUGGUAUCGGAGCAGAUGUCAGAUCAUCUACAGCCCCGUGUGAAGAGGGCGAGAGAUGAGGAUUCACAACGGAUGACUACCUUGGACGGCUCCUGGUCUGGCUCUGAUGGUCAGUAUAACCCUAUUCUCCUUACGGACAUUAAAAGCUUCAAAGCUGCAAAGCUGAACGGCACUUUGCAUACAGAGCACGAGUCUCGUCAUGUUUCUCCUUUCAAUUCUCGCAAGAGACCCUAUCAUGGCUCUGGCGAUGAGUUCCCACCACCCCCUGAGGCAAUCGAGGAAAUCGGGAUCAUUGAACUCUUGGAGCAAGACAGCAGACCCACAUUCAUCUUUGACAUUGACGCUCCUGAACAAGAAGUAAAUGGUCGGAUGACUUUUGUUCCGGUAUACUGCAACAAGAGUCUCAGAUUCUUCGACUCUCUCAGAAAUGUUGUUUGUGCAGAGACAUUCUACCCAAAUAUUUCCGAAUCCACUCCAUCUCAAGUAACCAGUGCAGCAUCUGAGCGAGAGUUCAGAGAAUGGGCCAUGACAAUGCCGAACUUUGAUAGUUCGGUUGAUGGAUAUCUACCUCGCCACCAGUUCCUCGGGAUGUACUGGUCCAUCGUGACCCUGCAAAAGAAAUGGAGGGUUGUCAGUGCCUCACAAGUUCCCAGCCAACUCAAGAAGAGCCAUGGAACUCCCAGAUUGAUUCGAACACGAACACGAUCAGAUUCCAGAUCUUCAGUGGAAUCGUCGACGGUCAGACAGUCACCUGUUUCGGAAGCCACGCCAGAGGAUACGAUCAUGGACGAAGAGGAAUCGAAUCUCUCAAAACAGCUGGCCGACAGUGAGUCAAAGUUCAAGGUCCUCACAGAACUCAGUCCAGUCGGAAUGUACUAUCUCUCACCGGAUGGCAAUAUUCUAUACUGUAACGACACGUGGUACGAAAUUACAGACCAUCCUAGGGGUCUUGAAGGAGAGAUGUCGUUCAUGAAUGUCAUAGCUGAAGUGGACCAUCCGGUCAUAGCAAAAGAAUGGGAGAUUCUCACGACCCAAUCUGGCAAACGAGCAUUUGAACUUCGUUUGAGACACCCAUGGAUCAGCGAGAGCGGCGAACCAAGACAGAGGUGGAUUCUUGCAUCGUGCGACCAAGAAUUCGAGGCCGAUGGCACCACAAUCAAGACAAUUAUGGGCUGCAUUACCGACAUCAGUGCACAAAAGAAUGCCCAAGAAGAACUUUUGGCUCGCGCCAACCUUACUCAAGAGCUUGCAGAUAGAACACAAGAAGCUGCACAUCAUGCUGAGAAAUUCCAGUUAAUGGCAGAAUUAGCCCCUUGUGGAAUGUUUACCUUCGACCCUGAUUGCAGCAUCACUUGGGCCAAUUCACAAUGCUACGAGAUGACCGGACACUCCCGAGAUGAGAAGGCACAUUAUCCUAUGUCAAUUCUGAAUUGCAUCGAGAACCAAGAUCGUGAGGCUUUCAGAUCAGAGUGGCAGAAUCUGAAAGACUCGAAGGAGGAAGUCUCUAUGGAGCUCCGUCUCAAAAGGCCCUGGAUUCAGCAGGAGGCCAACAACUCUGCGCAUUCUGUGCGAGAUACCAGAUGGAUUCUAUUCCUCGCUGUACCCCAAUUGGAUGACGAAGGAAAAUUGACGAGCGUUUUGGCUUGCACCACAGACAUUUCAGGGUUCAAAUUGGCCGAGCACAUGCAAAUGAUUAGUCGAGUUGAAGCAGAGGAGGCAAAGCGUCACCAAGAAACCUUUAUUGAUAUGACUUCGCAUGAAAUGCGCAAUCCUCUCAGCGCAAUAAUGCUUAGUGCCGAUGGUAUCGCUAAUUCAAUCAUUGACUUCCGAGCACCUCAAGAAAAUCCAGCAUCAGCUUAUCGUGAUCUUCUGGAGAGUAAUCUUGAUGGAGCUCAGACAAUCGUUCUAUGUGCCCAGCAUCAGAAGAGAAUCAUUGAUGACGUUCUUACUUCGUCGAAACUGAAUUCCGCCUUGUUACAAGUCACUCCUGUCUCCGUCCAGGUUGAGGACACCGUUCGACGGACCUUGAAGAUGUUUGAGAGCGAAUUGCUUGCCGAUAACAUCGAUAUUGCUUUUGCAAUUGAGCCUUCAUACCACACAGCAAAUAUCGAUUUCGUUUUUUGUGAUCCGGUCCGACUGACCCAGAUAUUUAUCAAUCUCCUCACGAACGCCAUCAAGUUCACCAGAUCUGAGCCCACUAGAGCAAUUUCUGUUAGUCUUGGCGCGUCCGUCAACAAAACUCCUAAGGAUCAUGUCCCACAUAUCAGAUGGUUCCCAUCCAAGGAUUCCAGCGCUGUACAAGAUCUGACGCUGAGACGUGAUUGGGGAACUGGUCAACAGGUCUAUCUUUACUUCACUGUCAAAGACACGGGUCGCGGUCUUUCGGAGCAAGAAAAGGAGAGACUCUUUCACAGGUUUAGUCAAGCAAGCCCCAAGACACAUGUACAAUAUGGCGGCUCUGGCUUGGGUCUCUUCAUCUCGCGGGAAUUGACUGAGCUUCAAGGUGGUGAGAUUGGAGUCGAUUCAAAGGAGGGUGCUGGAAGUACUUUUGCUUUCUACAUCAAAGCUCGCAGAUCGGUUGAUGCCACUGCCAAUCCGUCAAAUGGCUCGACACCUAAUCAUGUCACUGCCGAUACUGUUCAUUCAUCGCCUCGCGACUCGAAAGUCAGACGAAAUUACCAUAUUCUCCUGGUCGAAGACAACCUGAUCAAUCAGAAAGUUCUCAGCAAGCAAUUACGAAGUGCUGGUUGCAUUGUGCAUGUCGCGAACCAUGGUGGAGAGGCCAUUGACUUCUUGGCAAAGACUGCUCUAUGGCAUGAAUGCAAGAAGUCUGGAAUUGGAAUUAAUGUGUCCUUGAUCCUCAUGGAUCUUGAGGUAGGUUAGCUGCAUUGUUGCUGUAGAUCUGCUAAUCUUGUCAAUAGAUGCCUAUCAUGGAUGGUCUGGCGUGUACUCGCCGAAUCCGAGAUCUCGAGAAUGAGGGCAAGAUCGAUGGACAUGUUCCGAUCAUUGCAGUUACUGCCAACACUCGACUAGAGCAACUGGACAUGGCUAUUUCAGCUGGCAUGGAUGACAUUGUUGCCAAGCCUUUCCAGAUUCCAGAAUUGAUGCAGAAGAUGGAUCGUCUACUUUCCAAUCAGACUUCGUCUCCAUGAACUCUAUCUUCACUUGACGAAACGAAUCAGUCUUUUAUUUAUACAUGCUUAAUAAUUCGGAGAUACCAAAAAAUUUCUACUAGCUGGCGCACGACAUGAGGACUGGCGUUUUGAGAAUGAACCAGCAGAUUUGCUUGGGCAAAGGGAGGCUGGGGAACCUAGAGGAUUACCUGAUCUCGGUCAAAUACGGCAGAUAUUUAAUUCUUGCAAGGCUCUUUGCCUGCUUGCGCGUAUCUACAAUGGGAGAUUUGGCGAAAGGUAGCUCAAUGAAUUAUUUGCGUUACUUUCCAAACAGUUCUCAGU